AUGGCCAACACCAGCAGCAACAACAACAACAACAACAAUCUGGACGCAGCCCCGAUUUCACAGUUGGCCAAACGUCGAUCCACAGUCGCUUCUUUAGGCCAAACGGAACAAUGGGAACUCUCACAACGCCGUGGUCAUUCUGCCAUGUAUGCCGGCAUCGAGUCAUUGAACAACGACUAUCGUACACUCUACAUUGGUGCUACGGGAAAUGUCUACUGUCAAAUGACCAAGGACAUGGUGUCCGCCGAUACUAUCAAUCAAGAUGAACGCGACAGUCUUAAGGAAAUGCUUCAGUCCAAGUACAACAUGGUCCCCAUUUUUGUCCCCGAUAAGAUCGGAUAUGGCCAUUAUGAAGGCUAUUGUAAGCAGGUGCUCUGGCCGCUUUUGCAUUAUGUCAUGUGGAACGAAACUGUUGAUGAAAAGAGCUAUUGGGAGGACUAUGUUGCUGUGAAUCGCAUAUUUGCGGAAGAAGUUGCCAAGCAUUAUGAAGACGGUGACCUUGUCAGCAUACACGACUACCAUCUGUUACUUGUACCUCGCAUGCUGCGCGAAAUGCUGCCAGAUGCACGCAUCGGCAUAUUUAUCCACACGCCUUUCGUCAGUUCGGAGAUUUUCCGUUGCUUGCCAAGACGCAAGGAUAUCCUCUUGGGCAUGCUUGGAUCCAACCUGGUGUCCUUCCAAACAUACAACUACGCACGUCACUUUUCAUCCAAUUGCACCCGGAUACUGGGGUACGAAUAUACCCCUGCAGGCAUUGAUGCGAACGGGUCCAUGGUCUGCCUCGGCGUGCAUCCCAUCGGCAUCGACGUGCAACGCGUACGCGAGCACUGCCACCGACAGGGAGUGCAGCCCAAGAUGGAAGCCAUGAAAGCCAAGUACGGGGACAAGAAAAUCAUUGUAGGCCGAGACAAACUGGAUCCGGUCAAAGGCGUGUUACAGAAACUCGACUCCUUUGAACAAUUUCUUAAAAUGUUUCCUGAAUGGCGCGAUCGUUGUGUCCUUAUCCAAGUUACAUCGCCAGGCGUCAUUGAAUCGCCCAAAUUGGAAGCCAAGGCCAUCGAGAUUGUGAAUCGUAUCAAUGCCGAAUAUGGCUCGCUCGAGUUCUCGCCCGUGAGUUACUUCCACCAGCAUAUUGACCGUGAUGAGUAUUAUGCGCUGCUGUGUGUGGCCGAUGCCAUGUUGGUGACGCCGACGUCGGAUGGCAUGAACACGACGAGCUUGGAGUUUGUUGUGGCGCAGGAGGAGACGAACAAGAGUCCGUUGGUGCUAUCCGAAUUUACCGGGACGGCUGGGUCCCUGUCGGCUGCAGAGAUCGUCAACCCGUGGGAUUAUGCACAGGUUGCCGAUGCAUUGUACACGUGCUUGGCCAUGUCAGAUGAAGAAAAGCAGCAACGCUUCAAGCAAACGGGCGAUAUGGUGAAUCGCCACACCGCAUCCUACUGGGCCCAUGCACUUGUCCAAGACCUGGUAGCCAGCGCAGCCAAAGAAAGCCAUUGGGGUCCUACGCCAGCACUAGACGUAGGCCGUCUUCAGAUUGAGUACAACGAGUCGCGCAAACGGCUGCUAUUCUUUGACUACGAUGGCACUCUGACACCAAUCUGCGACAAACCGGACGAUGCCAAGCCAUCGUCUCAAACAUUAAGUACUUUGGAGCGUCUCGCUGCCGAUCCACACAACGUUGUGAUGGUCGUGUCCGGCCGUGAUCAAGAAACACUCGAGAAAUGGCUAGGCCACAUUCCGAACCUAGGCCUCUCUGGCGAGCACGGCUGUUUCAUCCGCGACCCAGGUCGAUCGACAACUAUGUCGAUGCUCGACCAAGUCGACAUGAGCUGGAAAGACGACGUGAUGGAAGUAUUCAAGUACUACACCGAACGCACACCCGGCUCGUUCGUCGAAAACAAACGGUGUGCGCUCACAUGGCAUUAUCGCACGGCCGAUCCGAAAUUUGGCGCGUUCCAAGCCAAAGAAUGCCAGAACCAUCUGGAGCAAUCGAUCAUUUCCAAACUGCCCGUCGAGAUAUUGGUCGGUAAAAAGACACUGGAGGUCAGGCCCACGUGUAUCAACAAGGGCGAGGUGAUCAAACGCGGCUUGGCGAACCAUCCAGAUGCGACGUUCUUGUUGUGUGCCGGCGACGAUAAGACGGACGAAGACAUGUUCCGUGUGCUGGCACAGAUGAAGAGCAAAGGAUUGGGACAGCUUGUGUUUACGGUUAUGAUUGGUCCGCCUGAGAAACAUACGGUGGCCAUUUGGCAUGUCGAGUCGAGUCAAGAAUUUAAUCGGAUUCUGGCGUCCAUUUCCUCAUAA